AUGGCAGAUGAAGUUAUAGAAGGAAAGAUAUUUGCGACCUUCGAGAAAUAUGACGAGUUUCUGGCUAUACAAAAGGCUUUUCUGGUUGUCGACCUCACAACUGAACCAAAUGACGAGCAGGAUAAGGAUGAAAUAGAGCUGUUACGCAAGUUAUGCUUCAUACUUGGUGAAUAUCAGGAACAGUCUUACUUGCUUGAUCCAUUUCUGGAGAGCCUCGUCAUCCCAGUUGUGGAUUGUCUAAGAAGGCAUGCUACGAUGUCAGUUUCUAGUCCAGAUCGAUCGACCACUUUGGUUAGAAUCGGACGCCUUGCAGUGCUACUGUACAACUAUAUAAAAUGCCUCAGAUUUUUUCCUCACGAGGUUGAGGACUUGUCUAUUGCCUUGGGAUUUCUGCAGUUGUGUGGUGGGCCCACCCAAAUUACUUCGCAAUGGCCCUUGCGGUAUAUUGUGUUGUUGUGGCUGUCUUUAAUCUGCCGGCUACCAUUCGAUCUGGAGCAAUUUGAUGAACGUGACCGUGUUGGUGACACCGCAAAUAACAUCGAGUCUUUAGCCAAAAGCCAUCUGGGAAGAGCUGGUCUGGAGCGAGAGGGUGCAGCAAUCCUACUUUCACGGCUGUAUAUGAGAAAGGACACGCAGACUCGUUAUGCAGCCUUCUUGGUCUGGUCCAUUGAGACUCUUAAUAACUCCCCCGACACAUUCACGUCCAUCGCUCUGCUACAAGUCAUUUGCGAGAAUGUGAAAGCGGGGUCUGCUGAACAGACCCAGCAGUCGAUUGACUAUCUUUUAAAAAUAUCAGGAGCUAUUGAUCAAAAUGAGGCCCUGAGGAGUAACACACUUGUCCGCAAACUCAAGACAAAAAUGGUAUCACGAAUCGCCCUGCGUCUUAUACCUCCCAAGGUCAAAGUAGCUCGGAAAGUUCGAAGCCUCACCACUUCAUCUAGUGAUCAAUCGGAUCAGUAUGAUAAUGAAGAUAUUGAAGUGUCAGAAGCAGUCGAAGGAAUCCUCGAAGACCUCUUUCGGUGCUUGCAAGACAAAGAUACUGUGGUACGAUGGUCAGCCGCCAAGGGUGUUGCUCGUUUGGCCGAACGGCUGCCGACGGAUUUCUCUAAUCAAGUUCUGGAGACAAUCUUGGGACUUUUCACUAUCCAUUCGAUCGCAGCGGCAACCGUGUAUGAUAUGCCGACGAUCGCUGAGGCAACGUGGCAUGGUGCCUGUCUUGCCUCGGCUGAAAUGGCACGCAGAGGUCUUGUGUCUGGUAGUUAUCUGUCAGAGCUUGUCACAUGGUUGUCAAAGGCUCUAUAUUUCGAUAUACGGAAAGGCGCUCAUUCCAUCGGGUCUAAUGUUCGUGAUGCUGCAGCGUAUGUAAUUUGGGCAAUUGCUAGGGCCCAAGACCCAGCAGCUCUGCAGCCGUUUUCCCUGAACCUUGCACAACGACUUGUCACCGUGUCUUUGUAUGAUCGCGAGAUCCAUAUACGCAGAGCAGCGAGUGCUGCCUUCCAAGAGAAUGUUGGGAGGACAGGCUUGUUUCCUCACGGAAUCAGCGUUUUACGCCAGACCGACUUCUACGCAGUAAGUAUUCGACGCAACGCCUUCAUAGUUGUAGCUCCACAAGUAGCGGAACACCUUGAGUAUAGAUCUUCUUUGAUCGAUCACCUCCUGCUUGUGACUUUGCGGCACUGGGAUGUUACUAUGAGGCAGCUAGGGGCUCAGUCACUCCGUGUGAUUUGUGAGCUGGAUUUGCACGUACUGGGACCCUCGUGUUUACCGAGAUUGGCCCAGCUGUUCGAAUCUGUUGACAUCGUUGAUAUUCACGGAGGUCUUCUGGCUUUAACGGAGCUCGCAGAUGCAUAUCGCCUAUUAGGUCAAACUGGAGAUGACAAACGACGACAGAUAUUCAAGUACAUUACCAAAAUACCCCAAGGCGUUAUCCUGGCACCUCGCAACGAGCUUGUCCUCGCUGCAACUUGCCAUCUAAUAGCCACUACUAUCACCUUGCCAGAGAUUGAGCUCAAGGAUGACUCCGCUGUUCCUUACUGGAGAAAAAUUGUCGACCAAGGCCUGCGGCAUAGGAAUGAUACUGUUCAAGAAGCUGCUGCUGCUUCAAUGGCUGCAAUCAGCAGCCUCGUCUCUGCUAUUUUUGAUACCCUCGAGGCUGGGCUCGACGAUUAUACCACAGACGAACGUGGAGAUAUCGGAUCUUGGAUACGUAUGGCCUGUAUCAAAGGCUUGACUUCUUCGGUUGAAGUCCUGUUCUCUAAUGCAUCCUGCAUUGCAAACUUCGCUCAAUAUAUCCCGCCAUCAAGAUAUCAUAGUGCUUUAGCUAAGAUUCUCCAGCAAGGAGUAGAAAGGCUGGAUAACGUUAGGCAAGUCGCAGGAGAGUGCUUUUUGCGUCUCCUAGAGCUUCCACUCCCAGCGGUGGAGAACGCAAACUGCUGGCGCAUCAAGGGUGAAUCUUUGAUGAAAAAUCUCGAAGCAGAGAUUAUGAGCUGGAGCAACGGUGGCUGGCUUUUUGCUAAAGCAGUACAAAUGCUAGAAAUAGAGGAGUACCGAAAGCCCAUCUUGAAAGGUAUUAUAUUAAGUAUAGGGACAAGAACUGACAGUACACAACGGCCCGCGUCCUCCAGCUUGAUCGCAUACAGCAACAACCUUCCUGUUUCGCUAUCUGACACCGGCUAUAGCCUCGGAGGUCUCGCUCGGGAUUUAAUCGACUAUGCUCAAUCUCAUGUGACAUCCAAUGCCGUAGUUGUGCCAGUCCUACAAACAUUCAAUUUACUUCUGGAAGCUGACGCGUUGGCGCGCCUUCCUCAAACCAGCGAGGGUUUAAAAUGCCUGGAUGCUUUAGUAUCCCUUACUACAAGGAAUAUUUCUCGGCUUAAGAGCGUGCAGAGAAUUCAAGAAUCAAUGAAAGCCGUUAUGAACCUGUUGAUGUUUCCCACUGUCGCGGAGGCUUGUAUCCCGCAAUUGGCGGAGUUCCUUGGCCACUCGUUUCCGCGGGUCCGAGCCAGCGCAGCAGAGUACCUAUAUCUAGUCCUUCAGACCAAAGAUGUAGGUUUUGAGGCAGAAGAAGGAGAAGAUAUCCUGCUGGAAACAGAAUGGUCCACGAUUGAUGUUGAUGAGGCCAAAAAGAUCGCACGGCAGUUUUCCGCCUGGUUUUCGAAGGAGCUGACUUCCCAGUCUCCGUGAGAAGUAUUCGCAUCCAACUUGAUUAUAGAUAGCUCACGAUAUGCUCUACCUGUACUAUUAUCACUAUCGUAGUAACAAUGUAUUUGCACCUGCCAUUUCACU